GGCGGUCUCCCUGACAAGAAUUCUGCGCCAUUUUGGCUUCGUUCUUUGCGAGGAGGUUGAACGGCCGGGGGGCUUAUUCUCUGAGCUGUAGCCGAAACUGACCCGAAGAUGCCAAUGGACCGGUUCGAGCUCGGCUACGAGCCCAGGAAAUUUAGGGGCCGAGGAAAUCGGGGCAGGGGGAACUUCAUUGGUAGAGGCAUGAAGGUUCAAGCGUCAUUUGGAAGAGACAAGUUUGUGAAUAAACCAAUGAAUGGCAUUGUACCAAUGAGACGUGGUAUUGGGAGAAUGCAUCCGUACAUGGACCCUCGAGGACGUGGAGGUAUGAGAGGACGACCUCCAGGAUUUAUGCCACCACCACCACUUCCUCCAAGGGAAAUGGGAGAACCCUUUCCACCACCACUCCCUCCACCACCACCUCCCCUCGCUCCUCUAAGGCGUGGACACCCACCACCACCUGGACUGAUGGGGUUUAGAGGCAUGCCACCUCCUCCCCGUGGUAGAGGUAUGUUGCCGCCACCACCACCAAGAGGAAACUUUUCUCAACUAAGAGGCUUUCCCAAUGGACGCGGUGCUGCAGCACAUCCUCCGCCACCUGGCCGGGGCCAGAGAUGGCCCGGACCGCCAGGUGGCAGACGCUUUUAAAGAGACACACUGUUUACAAUCCAUAGCAGUUUUUAUGUGGCCGGAGAGUGAAAUUUUUUUGGUCCUUUUAUUGCCAAAUGAGUUGUUUUUUUUUUUUGUCUUUUUUUUUUUUAGUUUGAGUUUGAGUUUUGAAAGGAAUGUUUUCCAGCAGCCCUCAUGCAUUUAGCGGCAUAUAAAAAAAAAAAAAAAAAAAUGCCAGACCGCAUCACAUAAGACAAAUGAUCUUUCUCUUUGGACAUUUUAUCAAACACGUAUUCCGUAAUAAAACGCGUGGACAUUUGGCUGUUGCACAGCGGGAAAGAACUUACAAGAUGGGUCAAGCGUUAACCUUAAUUAUAAUUCUAAGUAUCGGACUUGUGUGCAACGUCCUCAGUGUUUUACCUGUGUAUUAUAAGCACUCUAUACCAAUCUAGCAGAAUCUGCUGUCGUACAUAUUUGUAACGCUAAGUGUUAAAGUUUUGGGGAGGGGAGAAAAUUGUGAACACUAAGAAGCAGAAAUGUUGUGUAGUAGAAUACAAAAGCCGACCUCCUAGUAACCUAUAGGAACGCUUGACCUGCUGUGAAGGCUGCGUACUUGGCAUAAUUGUAAUCUGUACCAUUUUCAAGUGGCUACGUAAUGCACCUGUUUAUUUCUCUGCAUUACUUGCAACAUUUGAAGAAGCAAAAAUUUGUAAAAACAAUCCAUUUAACAUUAAGAUUUGUAUGCUUUUGUAAAACUUUAACAAGACUGUAUUCUGCAUCUAAAGGUGUUUUAUAAUGUGAGCAAAAUCUAUCAUUUAACAAGUAUUACUGUUCAUAAAUGUAAUUCACUUUAGCAUUACUGUAAAAAUGGAGCUACAACGGCAUAUUGUACGCACUGAAUUGGGGAGCCCCCCCCCCCCUUCCCUCUACUAUUCUGCUGAGGGCUGAAUUGAAACAAAAAGGGGGUGAUUCAUCCUGAGGCACUGUAAUAUUCCCAAGCCAACGUGCAAAACAUUGAGCACCUUAGUUUAUAAAUAUCCUUGAAUCGGUUUCUUGCUCACACACAAGGAAACUGUUGUAUUAUUAUUUUUUUUUUUAAUAUUUUAACAGAAUUGUUGCAUUUCUUUAGUUCUGAAGUUAAGCUAUGGUUUACAUUGUAACACUAAGCUAAAUGUAUACUCCUGCCUCGACAGUAUUUAUUCUAAAUGUUUAAUACAUUUUCUUUUUCGUGUCUCAAUUUUUUUUUUCCCCCAUCGAAAUACAAAUGUACAAUAUUAGCAAGGCUUAGUUUUUUGCUGAUGGAAGGUGUGUCUAUAAAGCGUGUUGCAAAUUUGUCUCCUACACCGCUAAAAGGAAAAAAAAAAAAGAUUUGACCGCAUACCUAUCCAUAUAUACAAGCACCUCCUUGGCUGUGCAAGCAUAUAUGAAGAUGUGGUAUGUCUCACUUAUUCUAGACAUAUAGCCAGAAUGAUAUGACACAAGGGAUUACUUAAACCUCGCAGUUUACCCCAGACUUUGCAGAAGCAGCUGAUGUCAAGAGAAUGUAGUUAUAUUCAUGGAGAAAACAUCAAACAAAUGUCCAUCUAUUCAAUACAAUUGCAGUAAAACAGAGCUCCAGUGAAUGGAAGGCGGUGCAGCAGCGCUGCUCAGAUAGAUCUACACCUUCAGCUUGCCUCGGGUCUGCGCUGCAGCAUGCAGAGUACGGAUCCUUUAUUCUUUCUAUGGAUCCGUACCUGGCAUGCUGUAAAUGUAGAGCAGUGCAGCUCACUCUGAUAAGUGCGGCUGCACCUUACGUGCUUUGCGUGAAGGUUCAUAUACCUUUUAAUCCGUACAAAAAAACGUUGGAACUAAAACUGACCUGGUGUGAAAAAGUAGACUUUCAUUUUAGGAUUGCUGUCAAAUAGGCUGCAUGUGAAGAGUGAUUCAGCUUAUGAAGGGGAUGCCAGGCUGCAGUGAUGAUGUGUAGAACAGAGAAGUUUGUACAAUGACAAGACAAGGGGGAAGAUUCAGCAAAAAUAUUGCAAAGUAAAGCUGUUGCCCAUAGGAGCCAGUCAGAUUCCAUCUUGGGGCUUUUGGAAAUUGAAAGCAUCAACUGGAUCCUGAUGGACAACUGCUCUGCUUUUCUUUUUUUUUUUUUUUUAUAAAUCCCCCUAUAUGCUUGAGAAUGGGUUUUCCAUUAUAUUAUAGUCACACCGGUGUGCAAAUAUAUAAGACCAUAUCUAAAUAAUGUUACUGAACUGAAAGAAUGAUGCUAUUGUUGUCGUCCUUUGAAGCACAUAGAAGAUGGCACGCAGACCAUUGAAGAUCGAGCCUUUUUUAAGGUGAGAGUGAUUCUGAUUUGUUUUCUUCUGUGUCCUCGUCCUCUGGUGUUUCUUUAGCAGGUAAGGUUUCAAGUGCAAAGCCAUGCUGCCAUCUGGAAAUCACGCUGCCUCUCUAAGCUGCUGCCUUGUGUGCUCAUAGCUUAGGGAAAACCUUCACUUCUUAAAAUAGGAAUAACCUUUAUGUUAAAGUCCCUUUUAAAAUUCUGUGCAGUCAGAUUGACCGGGUCACAGUAAAAUUUCUCUAUAGCUCAACAUCUUGAGGUGCUGGACGAAUAGAGGCACAAACUAGACUGUUUAAAGGGGUCAGCCACAAAAAGAUAUUUGAGUUAUCCUUAGGAUAGGUUAUCAGUAGGGAUGAGUGAAAGAUUGGGUACCACCUGUAACCGAAACAGAGUUCGGUAAAAGUUUUUUUGCAGUAGAAAUUAAUUUCUGAAGUUAUUACCCGAAGUCUCGCAAGACUUUGCGAAGUAAUAACUUUGGCUCAUCGGAGCCAAUACAUUCUAAUGCUGUACGGAGUGAGCUCCGUACAGUAUUCAAACAAAGUUUUGUGUGAAUCGACUUCGGAUGUUUCAUCCAAAGUCUUUUCGCUCAUCCCUAGUUAUCAGAAUUAUAUCUGCGGGACCUCCGCCAAUCAGCUGUUAAAGAGUCCUUGAGCGCUGCAGCCCCUUCCUAGGCCAGUGACAUUACUGUGCAUUGGUCACAUGGCCUAUUUGCAGCUCAAACCUAUUCAAGUCAAUGGGGCUGAGCUGCAGUACCAAGCACUGCCUCUAUAAGGUGUACGGCGCUGCCCUCAAAAUGGUGCAGGGAGCCUGCAUUGCUGACCGGAGCUUCAGCAUGUUUCCUCUCCCACCAGGACAGUUGUGCAAGCCUCUAUAUGGACACUAUAGGUGGUCAAUGUUAUUGCAGUUUACACUAACUUACUACUGGACAAAGAUGUUGGGGUUCACAUACAUGGCUAUAGCCAGCAAUGGUUAAACAAGUACAAUACUCUAAGAAAAUGGACAUUAAGAACUUCAGACAGUAAUUUCUAUAAGGCUACAUGCACACGACUGUAUGUGUUUUGCGGUCCGCAAAAAAAAAAUGAC